GCUGGGUUUACAAAAGAACAGCUUUUCCCUGCCAAAGCUAUAAAAACCUGUACUCAAUCUCUCUCUUUUGGUUUUUACUGCUUGGAUCUGCACUGCUCUUCAGCUGACAAGUUUCCUUGGAACAUAGGGGCACUAUGGCUCAUGCCAGGGGGCUCCUUUCCUGGCUAGUACUUGUGGCCGUGGUGUUGCUGGACAACAGAUGCCAAGCAGAACGGGACUGCCGCGUGAGCAGCUUCAAAGUCCAGCCAAACUUUGACCCAAACCAGUAUACAGGUGUAUGGUAUGCCAUGGCCAAGAAAGAUCCUGAAGGAUUGUUUCUUCAAGACAAUAUAGUAGCCAAUUUUUUUAUUAAUGAACAAGGAAAGAUGGCAGCUAGGGCCGUGGGCAGAGUGCGACUCUUCGGUCACUGGGAUUUAUGUGCUGACAUGUCUGGCUCCUUCAAUGAGACUGAGGAUUCUGCCAAGUUCAGGAUGAAAUAUUGGGGUGUGGCAGCCUAUCUCGACAGAGGAAAUGAUGAUCAUUGGAUAGUUGCAACCGAUUAUCAGACCUACGCUCUGCACUACAGCUGCCGUGCACUUAAUGAAGACGGCACUUGUGCUGACAGCUACUCUUUCGUCUUCUCUCGGGAUCCUCACGGGCUACCUCCAGAAGCACAAAAGAUUAUCCGACAGAAGCAGAAGGAGCUCUGCUUAGAAAGGCAAUACAGGACUAUUGUUCAUAAUGGAUACUGUGACAGCACAAUAUAUGGAACAAUCUAAUCUACGGAAACCACUUUGCAGUUGUAAAGUUUAUCAAAUUGACCUAGACAACAGAAAAAGACUCGUCUCCAUUCGUGUCUGAAGUGAACUGCGUUAUAUAAAACAGGAUUAACCACAGAAUUGGCAAAUGUGAAGGCCAUGAUCCAGAAGAAAACAGAUGGCAAAAUAGCCAAAUCGGGAUGAAAUUUCUGUACUAAAAUGAGGAGAAUGAAGAUGAUGAUUGGGCUCCACAUGACAAAGAACGAGAUCAUCAGAACAAAGAGAGUCCGCAACAGUUUGAAGUCUUGUCGGGAAACUUGGAUGUGGUUUCUCUUCGAAUAGGCCAUGCUGGCAUGUAAACGUCUUCUUGAUUUUUUCGUAAUCUGCAUUAAAACAUUAAGUCAACUUUUUAGUCUUAAUUUUAAAAAGA